CAUCUUAAAUUCAUUGUCUCAAGUAGUUAAUGGGUGUUGUCCCCCUUUGUAAGAAUGGAGUAGUCCAGUGACCCCUUAUUCCCCGCCCAUCUUCGCAGUAACGUCUCAUUUUCGUUUCUUGUUCUGAUGCUGACGUGCUGAAGGCUUCUCUUUGUGAAUCCGAGCCCCGUACUUAGCCUUUGCUUUUGUUAGAGUUCACAUCAAGCCAGUUAAACGCCACAGCUCUGCAGGCGAUCCCCUCAGACUGUACACUAACAGGAAGACAGAUAUUAUUCUCUGCCCUGGAGCUCUUGCAUGGAGAAGCAGAAGCAGCGGUCCACAAUAUGAUCACACAUUCCCCUUCUGGGAAUGAAUCUGUAUAAACCACAUUAAAGAUUGAAAGAUAGCAAUAGUCACUUUGAAGGCCUUAGAUUCAGACAGAGUUGUACUGCAGAAGAUGAAGAAAGCAGCAAAAGCCAAGCAUGCCUCAGGUCAAGACCACAUCUCCCAUCUCGAAAGCUACAUCACGUCGAUGGAGAAGCUGGCGGUUAAUUUCACAAACAAUGGAGAACAGGAACUGGCCACAAGCUUCAACAAGUUUGCAGAGUUUUCCAAAGAGCUGCUGACCCCUAUGAAAAACCUGUUACAGAGCAUGUAUCACAACCUGAACUUCUUCCUGGAUUCUCUGGUCAAGGGGGAUCUGAAGGAGGUGAAAGGGGAUUUGAAAAAGCCUUUUGACAGAUCGUGGAAGGAUUAUGAAAACAAGUUCACGAAGAUCGAGAAGGAGAAGCGCGAGCUGGCCAAGCAGUACGGCAUGGUGCGGACCGAGGUGAGCGGCGGGGAGAUCGCAGAGGAGCUCGAGAAAGAGCGCAGAAUGUUCCAGCUGCAGAUGUGCGAGUACUUAAUCAAAGUGAACGAGAUCAAGACAAAGAAAGGAGUGGACCUCUUGCAGAAUCUCAUAAAGCACUAUCACUCCCAGUGCAAUUUCUUUCAGGAAUGUUUAGCAACCACUGAGAAGCUGAAGCUGUACAUAGAAGUUCUACUUUCAGAGCUGGCUGGAAUCAAGCAGAGGCAGGACGAGGAGAAGAAGCAGUUGUGUUCUCUCCGGGACCAGCUGAGACCAGCGCUGCAGCUCGACCAGAAAGAGUCCAGGAGAGAGUCCCUGAGCCGGCAGACUGUGUACAGCAUGCACCAGCUGCAGGGGAACAAGCAGUACGGCACAGAGAAGUCAGGGUGCCUCUACAAGAAGAGUGACGGGUUGCGUAAAGUUUGGCAGAAGAGGAAGUGCGUGGUCCAGAACUGCUACCUGACUAUAGCACAUGGAACACCAAACAGACCCCCUGCUAAGCUAAAUCUUCUAACCUGUCAAGUGAAACCAAGUCUGGAGGACAAGAAGUGCUUUGAUCUCAUCUCGCAUAAUCGCACAUAUCACUUUCUAGCAGAGGAUGAUCUGGAGUGUGCCGCGUGGAUCUCCGUCCUGACCAACAGCAAGCAGGAGGCCUUGAACGUAGCCCUGGAUGAGAAGAGGCCGAGCGGGGAGAACAGCAUCGAGGAUCUAACCAAGGCCAUCAUCGAGGACGUCAAGCGCAUGCCAGGGAACCAUGUCUGCUGUGAUUGUGGGGCUCCAGAUCCCACCUGGCUCUCUACUAACCUGGGGAUCCUGACCUGUAUCGAAUGCUCCGGGAUCCACCGGGAGAUGGGCGUGCACUUCUCGCGCAUCCAGUCCCUUGCGCUAGACAAACUGGGAACCUCAGAGCUACUGCUGGCCAAGAACGUUGGAAACUCAGGGUUUAAUGAGAUUGUGGAAGCCAGCCUACCCAGUCCAGCAUGCAAGCCAUCUACAGAAAGUAACAUGACUGCACGGAAGGAUUUCAUCAUUGCCAAGUACAUGGAGAGACGGUUCUGUAAGAAGGGUGGGGGCAGCCCUAUGUCUCUGCGGAAGCAGCUGCUGGGAGGUGUGAAGAGUAAGGACGUGUUCACGCUGCUGCGGGUGUAUGCAGAGGGACAGGAUCUCAGUGACCCCCUUCCUAUCCCUGCUCAGGAGCACGGGGAAGCAGCUCUGCAUCUCGCUGUGCUGUUGUCUGAUCGCACCUCUCUGCACAUGGUGGACUUCCUGGUGCAAAACUGCAACAACCUGGAUAGGCAGACUGUCCGGGGGAACACUGCCCUUCAUUACUGCUGCCUGCACAACAAAACAGAAUGCCUCAAACUGCUGCUGCGCGCAAAGGCCAACACUCACAUCAAAAAUGAAAAAGGAGAGACUGGACUGGAUGUAGCUCGGAGAUUAGGAAACUCUCACUGUGAAGAACUGAUUAACCAAGCGCACUGCAACCUGUUCAACAUGCAUGUGCACGUGGAGUACGAGUGGAGACUGCGGCAGGAGGACAUGUACGAGAGUGACGAUGAUUUGGAUGAGAAGUUAGGACCUGUGAAGGACCGCUCCUUCCGGCCCCACAGCCUGUACCAUGCCCCCUGCAGCUCCUCCCAGGACCAGGGAGCCAGUCACCCUGGGGUGGGGAGACGCCUGGCUGCGCCGCCCCAGGACCACCGGCGUGAAACCUAUGCCACGCCCACCAACCAGAGCCGCAGCCUGGACUCCCAGACCACACCCCUGGGCUACACCGCCUCACCCCUGCCCACCCGACUAUCCAUCAGAGCUCCCAACGUGCCCCCUCCUCCUCCUCCUCCUCCUCCUCCUCCUCCUCCUCCUCACGUUAGCCCCCCCGCAGCUGACUGUAAAAGCAUGUCCAUGAAGAAGAGGAACCCCCCUCCCCCGUUAGUCAUCAGACACAAGCGCACCCUGUCCGAGCCCAGCCCCCAGGUGCCACACAGCCCCCUGAGCCAGCGCCACAUCUCCCUGGAUUAUGCCUCCCCAGUAGUGUCUCGAGGUCUGAGCGGACCAGAGAGCGGCUACCAGAAACCUGUGUUAAGUUCACCGAAGUACACAGCUUCUCCUCUUAACUCGCUGCCCGAACUGCCAGAGAAAGGAAUCUCUAAUAAACCAGAAGUCUUUGGCGACUUGUCCUUUCGGAUGUACCAUCCCCCGCAGCCCAGCGGGAGGUCUUUACAGCCAGACUCUCCACCGCCAAGGUCCUCCACCUCCGACGCGAAUGGAGCCAAACCUGCUCCACAUGGCUCAGCCCCCCACCCGCUCCCCAGGAGGACAGUGGGCAAGCCCAGGAUACGGAGAGUAAAGGCAAUCUAUGACUGUAUCGCAGACCAUCAUGAUGAGCUGACAUUCAAGGAAGGAGAGGUCAUUGUGGUGACUGGAGAGGAUGACUCAGACUGGUGGGUGGGCUACAUCGAGGGGCAGCAGCCUCAAAAGAAAGGGCUCUUCCCGGCCUCGUUUGUUCACAUCCUCUCUGAUUAUUGACCAAAGCCAUGCAGAGAUCAAUGUACAGGACAUACAGCAGCACGCAGGGACAACUACAUGGAGAUGCUGAAUCUUUACAACGUGUGUGGAUUAUGUGUAGGCCAGCAGUGUACUUGUACAUAUUUUGGUUAAUCAAGUCAAAUAAAUACAUCAAUAAAUACUAUAAGAAUCUGGGUGCAGUAUAACCCAUGCUAUGUGUGCGCAUUGCAUUUGCCUAAUCAUUGUGAUCUUUUAGACUUGACAAGGUUUUGAGAUCAGCAAGCUACUAGGAAGCGUUCGAGCGUUGAUGUCCUCCUCCUCCUCCUCGUUUGUAAACGUUCACCUCUGCGCUGUAACAAAGCACUUCUCCUUGAAACAGCACUUGUGCACAGUAUAGCGGUACAAGCUGAGAGGCUAGGUGCUUUACAGGCGCAUGUGAAGCCAAUUUGACUGUUUAUUUAUAUUUUGUAUUUAUUCAAGCACUGGAUAUGUCAAAUGUUUAGUGGCAUAUCGGAUCUUUCUGUCUCAGGUUAGAGGCAGUCAAAGAAAGCAGGUUCGGGCUGGUAUCUGUUAAUUACCUUGGAAAAGGGGCUACAAGCAAAAUAACUCAUUUUGCACGUGCCAAUUAAGGUCAUACAGUGGCUUGACAGUGGAAGACAGCAACAAGAUACACAGUAUACAGCAGCGUUCAAGCAAUGUAGAAUCUACCAGACCACUGGCUGAUUAAACAGCACACACUGGGGUGUAUCCAUCAGUAGCUUUCUUUUGUUGUAACAGAUUCUGCUAAAAUGAAGGAGAUUAAUAGCACACCUGUUGCAGAGCUGUGUAAAAUUGCAUUCCGCUGAGCUGUGUGUUGAAGUCUGUCCUGUGCUGUCCUGUCCUGUGCUGUCCUGUCCUGUGUGGAUGCGGUAGGGAAGUGCUUGUUGACAAUCAUGUUUCAUGUCUGUUUCCCAGUCAGGUGAAGGCAGUGAAAAGCUGUAGGUGACCUGUGGAUGAUUGCAUUUUGAAUUUAACAUUGCAAGCUUUGCUUUAUUAAAAACGUUUGUAGCAAAUCCCCUGUUGUUUGAUAUUGAUCAAUUUAAUCCUUAGAGCUCAAAUGCUGUCCUAUAUGAAGACCAUGUGGAAAGCUAUUGGGUAACAAAGCCUUAUAUAAUGGUAACUGGUGUUCAUUACCACAGAGCACAAUAAAUAACAUGGUAAUGAUUGUGCAGCAGACAAUAUCCAGACUCGCAUUUUGUUCUGGGAUUUCAAUAAUCGAGAAUGCAUUAGAUUACUGUAGUGCCAGUACAUUUGUUUGGAUAAUGAAGCGAGUUUCAGAUAAUCAGCUUUUGCAUAAUCAAGUGGCAGCUGCAUUAAGCAACUGCUAGAUGACAGUGUCUGCUAUAUGACUGUACUGUUAUACAGUAUACAUCGUGUUGUGCAUUAAUGGUAGCUUCACAGUCCCUGAAAUCCUCCUCCAACCCUUACAGUACAUCAACAUAUUAUUAUUAUUUAUAAUUUUAUAUAGCACCUUUCAUAGUGGACCACCAUAACAAAUCGCUUUAC